CAGUAGAUCCAUAUUUGUUUGAUAACUUCCUAAUGACCCCCGCAAAUACCCUGCAAGCCAAAUUUCGUGCCUUUAAAUUUCCCAACACACCAUAUGUACAAUUUCGUGCCAAUGUUCGGAUAUGUUUGAGGAAAUGUCUAAUACCCCAUUGCCUCAAUGGACAAGGUCGCUCCCGCAGAGAAUUGAAUGGGGAGGAUGAGCAUCUCUAUGAAAUAUCACUGGGUGUAAUAAUGAAAAUUGAUGACAAAUUUACGGGAAAUAAUGAUGAGUUGCGAAAACUUGAGAGUCAUGUCAAAGAAUUGAAAAAUAAAAAUCGAAUUUUAAGAGACAAAUAAACCAUGAAAAC